UCAAGUUUAAAUUUCAAGGACAGGCUCCGAGUGGCAUUUGUACAGUCAGUUUGCGACGAAGGACAAAAGCGCAUAAGAGUAUGUUGACUAGAGUUGGGCAUGUUCGCAGAUGUGUAGCCACCUUGAACCCUUUCUUGGGUAUUUUGGCCUCAAGACAGAAACACGCACUUCCUGAUCUUCCUUAUGAUUAUGGUGCACUUGAGCCCCACAUCUCUGCUGAAAUUAUGCAGCUUCACCACAGCAAGCACCAUGCAGCAUAUGUCAACAAUCUCAAUAUUACUGAAGAAAAGUAUCAGGAAGCACUGGCUAAAGGUGAUGUGACUGGGCAAGUGGCCCUUCAGGCUGCAUUAAGGUUUAAUGGUGGAGGCCACAUCAAUCACACCAUCUUCUGGACAAACCUGUCCCCAAAUGGUGGGGGAGAACCACAGGGUGAUCUUAUGGAGGCCAUUAAGCGUGACUUUGGGUCAUUCCAGAAGCUAAAGGAAAAGAUGUCCGCUGCCACUGUGGCAGUUCAGGGAUCAGGGUGGGGUUGGUUGGGAUUCGAUAAGGAGAAUGGAAGACUUAGAAUUGCUGCCUGUGCAAAUCAGGAUCCUUUGCAAGGAACCACUGGUCUCAUCCCACUACUUGGCAUUGAUGUCUGGGAACAUGCAUACUAUCUUCAGUACAAAAAUGUCAGACCGGACUAUGUUAAGGCCAUAUGGAACAUUGUGAACUGGGAGAAUGUUGGUGAGCGCUUUAAAGCUGCCUCAAAGUAAACACCUGUUAAACUACUCGCACACAAACAACCAUGUUGGGACUAUCAAGUCCCAUAACAGGUAUUGUAGGAGGUGUGGAAAUCAAUUUCAUAAUUGGUUGCCAUGGAGUUCCCAAGAUGAUGCAAGUUUGUUUUCAGUGUAUGUAAUUAAAACUGUUAUUUGAACUAACAA